CUCUCUCUCUUUUUUUUUUUUUUUUCAUUUGUGCGUCUGUUAACCAUCGUCUCGUCUCGUCAAACCAGGGGAAUCUCGUUAACAAGAGAACUCAAAAAAUGGUUAAUGCCAUCAAAGGAGUGUUCAUCACCUGCGAUAUUCCCAUGGCGCAGUUCAUAGUGAACAUGAACAACUCCAUGCCUUCCUCUCAGAAGUUCAUUAUUCAUGUACUCGAUAGUACUCACUUGUUUGUCCAGCCUCAUGUUGAGCAGAUGAUUCGCAGCGCCGUUGCUGAGUUUCGUGAUCAAAACUCUUACGAGAAGCCUUCUUAAAACAAAUAAAAUACACCGCACCAAUCCAUCUUUUUUUUUCUCUGUCAGAUUGAAUCAUCUUGUGCAAGAUUAGAUUACUCAUGGUGACAUUGUCAGUCUAUUUUCUCUGGUUAUGUUUCGAUUUGUUGGAGAUUCAUGUUGGUGUUGUAGGAUACUCAUUUUUACAAGUGGAAAGAUGAUUUUGAUA